AUGGAGUCAACUUGGCUUUCUUAUGCCCCACGUCUUGGGAAACGCGGGCUUUCCCUGGGCACCCGCGUUUCAGCUCUAUGGAUUCUUUCGGCGUGCCUAGCUUUACCCAUUGCUGUUAUUGACCUCAGCUGGCCGUUGACUCCGCAGACUGCUGAGGCCAUCAAGAUGCCUCCCAGAGGAGCAGUUUCGUUUGGAGGCUCUACAGACCAGCUGCUGGCACUUGAAGACGUGGAACCAGAAACGGAGUCUGCAGUGGCGAGGUCUCAAGAGCGAGGCAAAGGCAAAGCCCGCCCCCGAAAGCGCAGGUCAAGGGUUCGGCGCUCUCUACAGAAACUCUUUAAAGGACAGACAAUCGCAAAUCAAAGAAGACGGAAACUCCUCGCCCGCGAAAUAUGCAACUGGCAUGUUUUCGAAAGGUACAGUGCCGGAGCUCCAUCAAAGCUGCUCAUUUUCUUGACCACUGCAGGACAGAAGGAAGAGCGGUCUGGGGGCUGCUGCGGUAUGAGAACCCGGAGGAACCAAAGCGUUGAAGUCGAUCCCCCACUUUCCACCCAAGCUGAGGACGAUGCAUUGGAUCUCAAUGGAGAGCUUUUGGCAUUGUUUCAAGACGUGCAAAAGUGCGAGAAGCGCAAAAGGGGAACAGGGCAUUCAUCAUUUUGUGUUGACGCUUUCGUCAGCUCCCCCCUAACGGCUGCCAUACAAACUGCCAGCAAAGCGACCGCCAUAGUCGGCAAAGAUAUUGCAUGCAAAGAUCCUCACCACAAUGAGACACCCAGAACCCGAGCGACCUGGCUGCUUAGUCCACUGGCGCGUGAACAGGUAGAGAGUUUAGCAGACGUGGGAACAGAGCUUGAGGAGCUGCUGAGGCGUCUAACUCACUUUUUUGAAACUGUACAAUUGGAAAGGACUGUUGUUGAUACGGGGGUCAUGGCUCCGGGACAGCCUUGGUGGUAUACCAACACCGAAGCUCAACUGCGGGAUGCUCUUGAAAGAAUUCGGGCGUUGUCCUCCGAUACGCCAUCUUCACAAUUUGGAGAAGCAGCAGCGGGGGUGACUGCAGGGCCGCAAGAAGGGGAAUCAGGCCUGGCCGCAGGCUACAGCGCUUCCAGCGUAGUCCCGAUCGGAUUUCCAGAUAUUCUUCCUCCAUCUAAAGGUUCAAAAGCCCUCAAGACAGCACUUGACUCGGCAGAAGCACUUCUGCUCAGCAGCGUUGACUCAGGAACGUCCGCUGACAUACCUCCUCGGGAAUCACAGGAGGCGGUACUGCUCAGGGGAAAGAUGCUGUUGCAAAGUUUAUGCAAUGCAGAGCCACUAAGCACCGCUUUGAUUACAACACACGCACGAUUUUUGGAUGGGCUUUCAAGAUACAGCACUGUCGAUUCAGCGACCAUAAAAGUUGCUAUAUUGUCCUGCAUUGCAGAGCCUACUCUGCAGUUUCUGGAGGAGCUGCAGGACAUCAGUGGAAAAGCAAGAAGCAAUAGCUUCUCCUCAGAAGACUCACAGGAAUCUGGCCAAAGUGGAUGGAGUUGA